AUGUUUUGGAAUUUAUGCCUGUGUAUCAUAUGCUAUUUACUGUGGGGAAAUUUAACAACCGAAGCAAACGAUGAUAUGCCACAUUUGGCCACAUUUUCUAUAAAACUGAUGGAAUUUCAGAAUCGUGGUAGACGUCGAAUGGAUGGGAAAUGUUGCGGAAAACCCAGUGAGGACACGGCUCAGUGUCAGUCCACUUGCUCGCUAGAGUUUCACAUUUGCCUAGAACCCUUUGGGAUUCCGGUCUCACUGACCGAUCCAAAACCGUAUUCUGGGCCAUGUAUCUACGGUAAAACGGUCACUGGUCAUUGGGGUAACUCAGAUGUGGUAUACGGAUUCGAGGAAGCUCCAACACAACACAUAAAUAUCACUAUGCCAUGGUCGCGCUCCUUUUCUGUCAUCCUUGAGACAUACGAUUUGGUCAGUGCAAAAGAAAAAUAUCUGAUCGAUCGGGCUGUUCAUCGAGGAGUUCUUCGACCAAUCCCCAACGGUCAGCCCCUACGCAUGUUAACAAAACCGAACGAUCGCGAGUGGCAUCACGUGACAACAACUACACAAUUCUCCGGCUACGUGUUCCGCAUCCGACUAGUCUGUCAACCAGAUCACUAUAACAAUACGUGUACUAAAAUUUGCACCAAAAAUCACACCCGAUACACAUGUGAUGCGAAUGGGGAUAAGAUUUGCGAACCGGGAUGGAGUGGAACGGAAUGUGACAAAGACAUUGACUAUUGUCUUCAGAAUUCUUGUCUGAACGGUGGGAUUUGUCAAGAUUUAGACGGUGUCGGAUUUCGAUGUAUUUGUCCACCCGGAUUCAAAGGAGCAAAUUGUCAACUCCGUUCUCCCUGUUCCAAUUCACGAUGUGUUCACGCCAGGGAUUGUAAACAGCUGUUGGAACCGGUGAACGGAUUGGACUAUGAGUGUAUCUGUCAGCCCGGAUGGACUGGCCAACUGUGUGAUGAGAAUAUAGACGACUGUGUGGACAAAUGUCAGAAUGGCGGUGUUUGUCACGAUCUACUGAAUGAUUUCUACUGCACCUGUUCCGUUGGAUUUGCUGGAAGACAUUGCGAAAUUAAUCAGGAAUGCGGGACAAAACCGUGCAAGAACAACGGAAUUUGUCACGAGAUCCCGGGAGGAUAUCGCUGUGAAUGUCCGAACGGUUUUACCGGGCAUAACUGUGAGGUUGUCCUGAGCGGGUGCAAUCCUAAUCCAUGUCAGAAUGCCGCUUAUUGUUACACAUUGCCCCACGGAUUCUACUGCAAGUGUUCACCCAAUCAUUACGGGCAAUUCUGUGAACACGAACGUCCAUAUUGUGGUCCGGAAGGAUGUACUGCUUACUUGGAUCCCUGUUUUAGCGGGAUGUCUGUCCCAGUGCUAGACAGCGGAAUGAACGGAUCAACGAGAUCCGAGCUAACAGCGAGUGAAAUGUACCUGCCGUACGGCGCAUGUGGACCACACGGUACAUGUGUCACAACCGAUGAAGAACCGGCCGGUUACAUGUGUGUCUGCAGUUACGGUUUCCGAGGGAAGCAUUGCCAGGAGUUGGUCAACCAUUGUGAUGGGGAUCCAUGCAUGCAUUCUGGCACGUGUAUUAAUAGUGCUGAAGGUUACGAAUGUAUAUGUGAAGAAGGUUUUGUUGGAGCGCAAUGUCAAACAGCGCUGGAUUUGUGCCAACCGAAUCCAUGCCAAAACGGGGGCUAUUGCCAGCAUACGGAACAUCCGGGUGAUUUUCAGUGCCGUUGUGCUCCCGGUUGGUCCGGUCGAUGGUGUCAGUUGCGAACGGACGAUCCGUGCGCGGUGUCCAAAAUCUGUCUGAACAAUGGACUGUGUCAUUCCGAUUCACUUCAAGCCGGCGGAUUUCGUUGUGACUGUGAACCCGCCUGGAUGGGUUCCGUGUGUCAUUUGCGUCAACCGAAUUCGCGAGCGUGUGCAAAUAAAACCCUGUGUCAGAACGGAGCUACCUGUGUAGAUGUGGGCAACAGUUUCAACUGCAUUUGUCCACCCGGAUUCGACGGACGGUUCUGUGAGAAUGAUAUCAACGAGUGCAAUUCCAUGCCCUGCUACAAUAACGGCACAUGCAGGGACCUGGUUAAUGCUUUCGAAUGUGACUGCCCCAAAGGGUUUAUUGGAACCGAUUGCCGAAUAAACGUGAACGAAUGUGCAACAAAUCCAUGUGCCUAUGGUGCCACAUGCAUCGACCGCGUUGGAGACUAUGAAUGCAUUUGCCCUGAGGGCAGACACGGCCGCAAUUGUGAAGACUUGAUUGUGUACACACCGCCCAAGCCGCCGGCGUGCAAUUUUCACGACCGUAUUUACGACCACAAUGAAACAUGGACCCAUAACUGCCAGAUUUGUCAGUGCAAUAUGGGUCACAUCAUCUGUGAAGAUGAUUUCUGUGGAUAUUGGUCCUGUUUGCAUGCAGUCGGGCAAUCCGAUAGAUUCGCAUGCAAAGAGGGCGAACUCUGCCACAUCCUUUCCUCUGGGAUGGAGGGAGAGUGUUUUGUCGCUCCAUGCUAUCUGCGCACCGUGUGUCUUAAUGCAAGCCGCUCUAUUCCCAUUCAACUGAGAGAACUCCUACCAGACACCUAUCCUGGACCAUCGAUUCCUGGAUGUCGACCCAAUGCGGCACACUUAAACAAUCAUUGUGCACGGAUACGGUUGUUAUUCUCCAAAGAACGCAUGCCAUACUCAGUCACGGUGGGGGAUAUAUGUACUGCCAUUCGUCAACUCCCCUCGAUUCAACGAGAACGUAACCGUGUUAAAACAGAUCGGGCAAUCGGGUUGAGUUGCGAUAUCACCGCGGGAUACACAGAGGAGGCCAAGAACACAAUAGAGAUCACCCUCAGCGCCACCGACGGUCAAUUGCGCACUGAUUCAGCCGGACGAGAAAUGUCCUUUGUUCACGAACUGGCCAUAAAUGUCUCGCAUGAGAUUGCUCAAAAGACAUCCACUAAUAUGACUCUGGACAAACCGAUUGAUCCAAAUGUGGGCAAAUAUGCCACGGACAAGACAAUGCCACUGCCACCAAUCACCGCAUUGUUGGGCACACCGCAUUUGCACAAAUACUGGCAUCGAGUGUUGCUCGGUGUAGUGGAAAUCAAGGUGGACACAAUGGUUGUCAAAGAGAAGGAUUUGGGCUCCCCUAUCCUCGUCCCGUUGGCGUGCUCCCUGAUUCUGGCCACCGCAUGCAUGUGCAUUGUGUUCAUUUGUCUGUACGCUCAACGAAAACAACGGGAAUUAUUCAUGCGUUAUGCGCCAACUAUGGCACCGAACAACGACCCGUCCGGAGAUCUGAUGAACAAAAGUGUGAUGAAAAAUCAGAAACUACCACCAAGUGGACUUGAGGUGGAGACACGAACACGGCCGGACUAUCGUGUCGUAAAUCACGUACCCGCCCAAACUCAAGUUCCCGUUCCAAUGUACACCUCCGCGGAGAUGGGAAACAGCGUUGCACAAUUGAGGAGCAACGGUCGAACAAUUACAGCCCUGGUAGUCUGA